CACCAUACAAGUCAUUAAGUGUUACCAAUAUUCGGAUUUUCGACACGAAUAGGGAUGUCCUUAACGCUUUCCGAGGGAACCGCGAUAUUAGAGUUAUGGUAGGUGUUAAGAACCAAGACUUACAAGCUCUUUCGAUAAGCGAAGACGCUGUUAACACCUGGUUCAUGACUAACAUUGAGCCUUACUUAGCUGAUGUCAACAUUACAUUCAUUACUGUUGGGAAUGAAGUCAUUCCCGGAGAAAUUAAUCGGCUCUUACGUGUUGCCACUUGUUAUGCUAUCUUCAACACCGACGCGGUCGUGGUCCAAGACGGACCACUUGGUUAUUCAAACAUGUUCGAUGUAAUAUUUGAUGCGUUUGUAUGGGCAAUGGAGAAAAAGGACGUAAUAGAUUUACCGAUGGUGGUAACAGAGACCGGAUGGCCAUCUGCUGGUAACGGGAACUUAACAACGCCAGAUAUCGCAUCUAUAUACAAUGGAAAUUUUGUUAAACAUGUGGAAAGCGGUAAAGGAACGCCAAAGAAACCAAACAGUGGCAUUAAUGGAUUUCUAUUUGCGACGUUUAACGAGAAUCAAAAGCCAGCGGGAACAGAACAAAAUUUUGGAUUGGUUAAGUGCUCCGCCAGUGGCACAGAACGAGUCAGAGAGAGCAAGAAGCUUCCUCCAAAGGAUCCUAUCGAAGACCCUAAACCCCAGCUUCCGAUUCCGGAAGUUCUCAGUACGGAAACGGGUUUUGAACAAAAUUGGCCUCCAUGGAAAAAUAUACCUCAGAGAUAUAAGCUUAUUGGCGCUACUUCUCUCGCCUUUGUUAUCUGCAAUAUGGACAAGGUGAACUUGAGUAUUGCUAUAAUACCAAUGUCACACCAGUUUGGAUGGAGCUCAUCUGUGGCCGGGUUGGUCCAGUCAUCCUUCUUUUGGGGUUAUGCCUUGAGCCAGUUGCCUGGAGGUUGGCUUUCCAAGAUUUUUGGUGGAAGAAAAGUGCUUGAGAUUGGUGUCUUUACAUGGUCUUUCGCUACAGCUCUUGUUCCACUACUUGCUGGAUUUAUGCCUGGUUUAAUCUUUUCUCGAAUUUUGAGAUUUGUAACUCCAGGUGGGAAUAGGAGAAGGCGUUUCUCCAUCAGCUGCAACGGACCUUAUUGCCAGGCAUGUUGGUCUUCAGUGGCCGAUAGGCAUCUUAAUAUUCAAGAACUGGACAUUUUUUUUUCUUAUGAGAACCCUUUCUUUACUAAAGCUGAAAUUACAUAUACAUGCAUUAAGACAAUACCUGUUAAGGAGCGCUCAAGGGCGGUAGGCUUUGUUUUUGGAGGAUUGAGUUUGGGGAGUGUAAUGGGGCUUCUCUUGGCUCCUCCCAUUAUCGAAACCUUUAAUUGGGAAUCUGUCUUUUACUUGUUUGGUCUCCUUGGUGUUGGCUGGUUCGUCGGGUUUCAGUUUCUUAAUGAAGAAGAAGUUUCGUAUAAAGGUAAUGAGAUCUCUACUUCGCAUAAAUCAGAAAACGCUACAAAGGAAGAGUUGGGGAGCUCAUUGAAGGAGAUUCCAUGGAAGUCAUUUUUCCAAAGCUCGGCUGUUUGGGCAAUGAUAUACACUCACUUUUGUGGAAGCUGGGGUCACUAUACCUGUUUAUCUUGGCUACCAACUUAUUUCAGUGAGGCGCUGAAUCUAAAUUUGACAGAAGCUGCUUGGGUUUCCAUCCUUCCUCCACUGGCUUCGAUUGUCGUGACAAGUCUUGCUUCACAAUUUGCUGAUUACUUAAUUACAAAUGGAGUUGAGACUACCACGGUCCGAAAGAUUUGUCAAACGAUUGCGUUUGUGUCCCCAGCGAUCUGCAUGACACUUUCAUCUGUGGACAUUGGAUUGCCACCAUGGGAAAUUGUAGGAAUCUUGACAGCAGGCUUGGCCCUAUCAAGUUUUGCUUUAUCAGGACUUUAUUGUACUCAUCAGGACAUCUCACCCGAAUAUGCAAGCAUACUCCUGGGUAUUACCAACACAGUGGGGGCAGUACCUGGGAUUGUAGGAGUGGCCCUAACUGGUUUUCUCCUUGACUCAACCCAUUCCUGGACUAUGUCUCUAUUCGUGCCAUCGAUAUUCUUCUACUUGACGGGGACGGUUGUAUGGUUGGCAUUUGCUAGCAGUGAGCCUCAGACAUUCACAAAGGAAGACUCAUAAGUUUUGUUCUUCUGUUUUUUGAGGCACAAAAAAAUGGAGUCUUUUGUUAUUGUAUAGGUAAAAGAAAUAGUAAAAAAAUUUCUGUUGUGAAAGCAAAAACAAAGAGCAGUGGUAAUUUUGUUCACUGCCUUAUCCUGGUUUUUGCAUAGCUCUGCAAAUGAAACUCAAGUGUUAAU